AUGGAUGACGUGUUUGCUGAGAAGCUGGAUAACGAACAGGUGAGAUGCGCCCUCAACAAAUUCCAGGAGGUGCUAUCAAAGGCGAUCGAGCUGAUGGAAAAACACAAGGACAUGAAUAAGCUGAAGGAAUUUAUGAAGGCUACUGAGCUAAAGAAGGAGUUUGCUGAGUUGAAUCAGGACUUGACUUACGUCUAUGAGCAGCUGAGAGGCUCUCUGCUGGUGGUGCUGGUGAAGGGGCAGAAAGAUGAGCAAAGGGCCUACAUUCAGGAGCAAUUUGGCAAAAUGAAGGAGUACAACUCGCAGUCGUCGUGUGACGGGGUGAUGGUGUCGGAGCAAUACACAGACCUGGUGAUGGUGACAAAGCCUAGGGACAAGGAAAUGCGAGAGAAAGAGCUCAGAAGCCGAGGGGCAGAGCUAGACUGCGCCUUGGCCAGGGCCAACAAGCAGUAUGUUGGCACCAGCGUGGAGAAGUUCUUCUGCCAGCAGCCGAACAGCAAGGCACAUGUGCCCAAAGCAGUCAUCCUCCAGGGUCAAUCUGGAUACGGGAAAACCUUCACUGCCCACAGGAUCAUAAACGAUUGGGCAUCUGGCAAACUGUACAACAACCUCUUUGACUUUGUGUUUCUCCUUGAGCUGAAGGAGCUGAGUAAUAUUAAAACAAGUUUGGUAGACUUGUUGUGGAGUCAAAAUGUUCAAUCAGGUAUUGAUAAGUCAACGGUCAAACGUGUGUUGAAGGACACGCCCGAUAGGGUUCUGCUCAUACUAGAUGGUUUUGAUGAGCUGUCCAAGAUAGAGGACAAAGAGUGUUCCCAUGACCUCACGAUUGAGUCCGCUGCAAGUAUUAGCACCAUACUGGUGGCACUCAUGAAAGGAAAACUCUUAAAUUCAUCCUUGCUUAUCACAAGCAGGACCACUGCCUCCAAGGCUCUCGGAAAGUUGCUGAAAGUCCCUCACUGCUUUACAGAGAUCUUGGGGUUCUCCAGCGAUGGGGUGAAGAAAUACAUCCAGGCCUUCUUCGAAAGGGAGAAAGUACGCCCAGGCCUCCCUCGAAAGAAAGAAAAUACGGGGAGCACAGUACAGAAGCGUGUGAUGGAAGACGUUACCCUUCUCACGGCCUGCUCCAGUCCAGUAAUCUGUUGGAUCAUUUGCAAUGUCUUCGAAGAUAUGCUCCAGGAUGGCAAAGACAUAUCCUCUGCGCUGUACACAAAUACCUCCAUAUUUGCACUUUUCGUGUCCAUGCAGAUGGAGCACCACGGCCCCACUCAGGCGAUUGAUGACGACCAAUGGAGUGGCCUUAUCAGGAGUCUGGGGGAGCUGGCAAUGGAGGGAGUCGAUAAUCAGAAAAUUAUGUUUGACGAGAGCGAUGUGGACAAGAGAGUGCCCAAACAGCUUUGCAGUCUUUUCCUUGGCAAGUACUUCCUGAAGAGGACCAAGAGUGAAACUAAGUACAACUUCAUGCACCUCAGCUUCCAGGAGUUCUUCGCUGCCCUCUUCGCUGCCAACCUGGAGGUUGCUGAGGAGAAAAUCACCAGCAUGCUGAAACGGGUGAAAUCAGACUUUUACAACCCCAAACAGGAGUUGAAAAUGAGCCACCUGCUCCCUGUCAUCAAGUUCCUCUUCGGCCUCUCAUACCAGGGCGUAACCAGACUCCCCGGGCAGCCCGAACCUGACCACAUUAGCCCCUUCCUGGAAAAGUGGAUCCAUGACUUGUACAAAGACGAUGGGGGGCAACCAAGGACUCAGAACAUUCAGCUCUUUAUUCUGUAUUGCCUGUACGAGGCCCAUGAGAAGGACUUUGUGAAGAAAGCCAUGGGUGUCUGGAACAGUAUUAACCUCGUUCGCAUCCCCGUGACAAUGUCAGACUGCAGAGUGCUGGCCUUUUGCAUUCAGCACUGCCCGGCCAUGGAGCAGUUCAAACUCUUGAAUUGCAACCUCACUGGAGAAAUGCUUUGUGUCCUCGCCGAACAGCUGGCAAAGUGCAAGAAACUUGGGUUGGUGGUGGAAGAGCUGAGAGAUAGCCAAGUGGAUCAUCUAAUCAAGGCUCUCGGAAAGGACACGUGUACAGGACGCAUUGUGACAGAUUUACAAGUCAAAAACAGCAAAAGCCAGCACCUCAGUUUUUCUCUGGAGAAUGUGUUGCAGGUGUUAGACACACUUGCCAUGCAGAAGCAGGUGGAAAAACUUGAUCUGAAACUGACCAUCGCUACCCCCAUGAAGGAUGUAUGGUAGGAAUCAACCACACAUACUUAACAUGUCACCAGAAGUUUACACACUGCAACAG